UACGCAAUCUUCCGGGUUUAUCCUAGUGUGCGAUAUAGGUUCAAUAAUUAGUGUGCUUUUAUUUACUUCCUAGUAUCACGAGAUUAAAAACAUGAGUUUGAAAGAUCCCGGAACACCACUAAAUGGCUACUCAUCCCCCUGGUAUUACAACAGUCACGGGAGAUCUGCGUGGGAACACCAGGUGGAGGCUGCUACCGAUGCCAGAUUGAACUUAGACACUCAAAUUACAGAAAUCACAAAGUCUCACUGGAUUCCCACAGAGAUAUGUCCCAGCUGCUGUAAUCGACAGUGUAAAAGGAAAUUCUCUCUCCUGGAUCGCCCGCAUCAUUGUAGAAGAUGUGGAAAGAUAUUCUGCAGUCCUUGCCUUCAAUUCCAAAGAAAAUUAAAUCUUCUUGCCAAUCCUGAUCCUGAAGGAAAAGCAUACAAGGUGUGUCAGGCAUGUUUUGAGGAGGGCCAGGUACAGGAAGGACAGAGUAGGAGACUGACGGAAUAUUUCUACAGAUUGCGUCAACAAGGGGUGCUGACAGCCUCCGUGAUAGAGAACGGCAAAGUCACAAAGUGCUGGAGGCAGAGACUUGACUUAAAAGCAGAGUGCAAACGACUGACAGAAGGCUUUAAAUCAGCAAUAGGAGGAUCAGAAAUUAAAAAAACCAUCCAUGACCUGAAAACCUUGGUCACCAUGCCAAACUGGCAGAAGUCUUCUACCUGGCUACAAGAGAAUUUAGCAGAGUCUUGCCAGGUGUGUGCUGCUAAGUUUGGUCUGACGAGGAAGAAGCAGAACUGCAGAGUGUGUGGUAGAGCCGUUUGUAAGGCUUGCUCUACCAAAGACCUCCUGCUGUUUAUUCCCAACGAAAACAAAGAGGCUGACCCACAACUAGCCAUCAUUCGAAUUAUUGGAUGUCCUGAGAAGGAACCUGACAUAGCUUUGUACUUAAGAGUUUGUAAACUCUGCCAGGAGAAAAUUUCCACCAAACAAAUUCUAGAGAACAAUGUUACGGAGGAUGAAGCACAAGAAGGGGCAGAUAACCUGGUCAGGCUGGAAACCCUCCACAGUAAAUGUGUCAAGUUAGAACAGAAGACAGACAGGCAGCUGACACAAUACCAGUCAGUGAUUGAGUCCCUGGAGGAUAAUUCCAGGAGAGGGUCAGACUCUGGAAAAAGCAACAUUAAAGUUCUCGCCAAGGCACAGGAGGACAUUGCUGAUUUCUUGUCACAGUAUAAUGCAAAUAUUCAGAGGACAAAACAGUUAAAGCCCUCUACAAAUACACAAGCUAUGCUGUUUAGGAAUUGUCUAAAGAGUAAGUGUGACUUUUACUUAGAAAAUCAAUAUACAUUCCGGAAAUUAAAGCAAGAGUUGGAAAAAUCAGCACCCGCAGAAACACUUCAAGUCAUACAACAGACAGUAGACCUUAAUGCGAUAACCAGUGCCCAGUUGUACGUUAGACAGCUGACCUUUGAGACCCUCCAUCUCUGUGAUAAAUACAAAAUCUGUGGUUCUAUCCCAGAACUGCUCAGCUCAUUGGAUGAGGCUUUGGAAGUUGAUGCUAAGAGAUGUCUGGCAUUAAAUGGUGAGAGCUGGGAACAGCAUGAUUCCAGUAUUAAAGACAUGAUCAGGCUACAGAUGAAGGAUCACCGGCUGAUAAAACUGUCCCGUGCACUGUUAUCCCUAGGAGGUAGUGAACAUGUGAUUAUGAUGCUUACAAAACGGACUAAUGAAGUUUUACAGCAAGUACAAGUUCAACUGGAAAUGAAGUCUACUGAUAAAAGCUUUAGAGGAUCAAAAACGUCCCUUAAUAAAACCAGGGACAGUGUCAAAGAAGCAAAAUUAGUGAUAGUUUAAGUUUAUUUACUUACAGGAGGAGAAUACUUGGGAAAGUGCAAUAAAAUGAAAUAAAAUUAGGCCUCAGUGCUCACUAGAGAUGUGUUUGUCUUCCUAAUAAAUUUUUACAUGUGACUAAAAAACAUUGAUAUUCCAAAAUUCCUUUUAAUCUGUAAAAAAGUUACCAUUAGUAAGCUUACAAAUUGAAUCUUUGUUACUGAGAAAAACUGCAAGCUUAUGUAAAACUUGAACCCUAGCUGCAUCAUAGCUUAAGAGGACCAUUCUAUGAUAAAGUUCAAAAUUCACAACUGCAGUUAUAUAAAUUUUUUGUUUUGUAAAAUAUAUACAUGUAUUUUUAUAUAAAGUUAUGACACCAUAUUAAACUUUUAACAUAUUAGUACAUGUA